GGAUCUUACAAGGGGUUGUUAUGAUUGUAGUGGCCAAAAGUGACUGAAUUCCCGAUAAUUGCUGUUAAAUUUGAUUAUUUUAAGUUUUUUUCCCAGCAUGACAUCCUAGACAUUGCGAACCCACCAAGAUCUUGCUCCAUAACUUUGCGUUUUUGCAGACAUAGCCUGGUAAUAAGAGAAAAAAUUGCAAACUUCGCAAAACAUUUUUGCGAAUUUGCAAAAUGGCACAAUCCUGGAGGGACUGGUCAGCACUGCUGGUGAAUUGAGAGCAUUCGUCAGUUAAUCUAUCAUUUAUGUCCAAACUCUUUGUAUCGAAAAUUAAUUCCUGACCUACAGAUCAUCACAUCCUCAAGGCUACACAGCUAUGUAACAUUUUGCUGGUCUCGUGCCGUAAAACCAGGAGGCGCUAUCGAAAACACUUCAUAACGCCAUAUUCACCAGGGAGUAGCCUUCCACAUUUGCGAUAAGUAAGUUAAAUUAACUGGCAGCAUCCAUUCAUAUCAAGGCAUUUACAGAUAUGCAGGUUAAUAUAUAGGAAGAGGCACCGGAUGUCAUCCAAAGUAAGUGAGAAUAGUUAACUCACUGGGAACAUGAUGCCAGGUCAAAAGAGCAGGGGUUGACCUAAGCUGAGGAUACUUUCCCUUUCAUGAUUUUCCCGUUUGUAUGGUUUUUGUUUGUAUGGCCUUGGUCAUCUCGUUUUGGAAGUGUUCUAAUCACCGUUACUAUGUGGAACAAUUGCGUCCGCUCUGACGUGUGAACGCACAAGGCUCAUAGGCGCAACUUCAGCUCACGGGAGAAACGCCUGAGCUCCACAGCGGUGCAAAUGGAAUAGACAAACGGAGGAUAGAACGCGGUUUUAUUUAGACUUCUCCGCAAACAGGACUGAAGCAGUUGACUGUUCGGACACCGAUAUAAGAGAAGAGGCAUGAAUAAAGAGAAGUAUAUUACUUGAGUUUGAUAUCAGCCGGAGAGGACAAUCGCCUAACUUCAGAGAGGAGGAUCAUCAUUGCUCAUCAAUUCUAAACCAGACUGACAUCCACUCCUUUCUCAUAGCCUGUAAAUAUGUGGCUCGAACGAGAGCAAUACAAGAAUAGCUUGGAGAGAAACGUGUUAGUCCAUACGUUUUAGGCAUUUGUGACCGUUGACAAAACGGACGCCGCCUAGUUUAUUGAACAUUACAAAAGUAUGAGCGGUCAGAGAGCGUAAACCUCAGAGACGCUAUUCGAAUAUCGACGUAAAUAGGCUGAUUCAGUGUCUGAUAUUACCAACUUUGAGCGUUAAAUGGUUGUGAUUUGUUAUGUGUUGCGUUGGAAAAUAUUUGAAUGAAUUCCAAAUUCAAUAAUUUUGUUUCAAAUUUGAAUUCUGGAGUAUGAUAAUGGAUUUCUAACUAUUGUUCUGCAUACUAACGGAGUCGUCGGUGUUGGACAUGAACCUGUGGUGUGAAAAUUGUUUCACUGGAACCACGCUGGAUUUUUAACCGGGCAGCGCAGGAAAUUACUCUACUGAUUCAACAGUGAACGACAUCUGGGAUUGCUUUCCCUAGCUCGGAGUGCGCAUUGGAUUUAUCAUGUUUUUACUUCAUACUUUCACUGUCCUCUUCGUACUGGAUGAACUUGUACAUUCAGUGGCGAGCUCCUCGGCCUUGUCAGGGCUGGGGAGUCAUGGCUGGCUGGCUCCUAUGGACUGUGUGCGGGCCAGUGAGAUGUGCAACCAGAACUCUCAGUGCAGCUCGCGCUACCGCAUCAUGCGCCAGUGCCUGGUGGGAAAGGACCGGACCACCAUGCUGGCCAACCGUGAGUGCCAGGCUGCUCUGGAGGUGCUGCAGGACAAUCCCCUAUAUGACUGCCGCUGCAAGCGUGGCAUGAAGAAAGAACUGCAGUGCCUACAGAACUACUGGAGCAUCCACAUGGGCCUGACAGAAGAUGAAGAGUUUUACGAGACGUCACCUUAUGAGCCCCUCCAUCCAGAUGAAACCAGACGGGCCUCCAUCAUUUCAGCCAUAGACUCAGCCUCAACCAAGGGCAACCUGUGUUUGGACACCGGCAGCCCUUGCAACCCCUGCCUGGACGCGGCCAAGGCCUGCAACCUGAACGACACCUGCAAGCGGCAGCGCUCCAUGUACAUCACCGCCUGCCACAAUAAAGGCUCGCCCAUCCAGCAGCCGCAGGAGCCUUGCAACCGCAAGCGCUGCCACAAGGCCCUGCGGCAGUUCUUCGAGCGCGUGCAGUCUGAGUUCAGCUACCCACUGCUCUUCUGCGCCUGUCGUGACACGGCGUGCGCCGAGCGCCGCAGGCAGACGAUCGUUCCGUCCUGCUCCUUCGACGAGAAAACCCGGCCCAACUGCCUGGAGCUACGCAGGAGCUGCCGCUCAGACCCUCUCUGCAGGUCUCGACUGGCUGACUUCCACAUGAACUGCCAAACGACUCGACUUACAAAAACAACCUGUCCGAAUGAUAACUAUUACGGUUGUCUCAUCUCUUAUGUAGGACUUAUUGGUCUGGACGUUACGCCGAACUACGUGGACGCCAGUCACAGCAACUUCAGCAUCUCGCUGUGGUGCAGCUGCAGGGGCAGUGGGAACCAGGAGGAGGAGUGCGACGCCUUCCUACGCGACUUCAGAGAAAACACCUGUCUCAAGAAUGCCAUCCAGGCUUUUGGCUAUGGCUCGGAAGCAGGCCACAUACCCAUGCUGGAGUCCCAGCCCUCUUUGCCAUCUUUGCCACCUGUGCGCACGAACCUCCAGCCAGCCAUCAUCACCAAACCCUCCAUCAGCUCCAAUGAUAUCAAACCAAUUGAUAACGCCUGCAUAUACUCCACCUGUGCCAACCUGAAGGACAAUGGUAAGAAGUGCACUCCCUCGGAUGCUUACGAAUGUGCAAAUGAGAACCUGCUGGCCCCCGGCAUGGAGGGCUCUAUUGACACCAUGGGCUCCCAUCAGGCAGCAGACGAGAGCGCCAGGCAGUCGUCUGCAGACCCCCGCCACCUGUCCACACCAGUGGCCCUCCUGACGGGCAUCAUCCUCAGUCAGGCCCUGUAAACAUCCCUGAGUCCCACCCUCCACCCACUGCACCAGGAUCAUCAUGAACGCACUUGAGAACUUGACGCCAACCUCACUCUCACUCUCCCAUUGCAUCGUCAAGCAACCCUAACAACCCCCCCCACCCCCCACCCCCCAACAUGGACAUUAAGAGUGAACAUCGUACAACAUGCUAACGUGCUUUUAAUAAAAAAAGACUGCCGUGUCGUGGAAUUCACUCUUACCUCAGCCUGGGAGUGUUCAGAGAGCUCGCUUUUUUCUUUCUUUCUGCUGACUCCCCGACCACAGGAGGGGUGGAGCAACUUGUGAGAAACAGCAAUCUCUGCCAGGCUCCCUGCUGCUCCAGAGAUCACUUCAAGGUAACUGAUGGAGAGAGAACAGCAGUUGACUUUUUUUUCAUGUUCAGCUCAAUUGGGAAGCAAAAUCCCACAAAAAAGGCAUGAGUAAAGACACAGAGUGGCCAGUGUCAGGCUGAGAGACACUGCUGUUGUGUUAAUUGUAACCUUGUAGAAAGACUCCUCAGUAAAAUGCCCUCUGCGUCUCACAUCAGCAUUCACAGCACUCCUGUCUCGCCUCGCUCACUCACUCGCUCGCUCGCUCGCUCGCUCUCCAAAUUCCCUCUUUCCUUGAAAAACAAUCUAAAUCUAUCUACUGCCUUCACCAUAAAAAAAGGGUUUUAUGGUAGUUGUACAGUCUACAGUCUAUACAUGGACAUGAUGUAGGUAUGUGAACUCUUUUUGGAACACCACAUUCUGUUGUUAUGUCACAGAUUUAAAAAAAAGAAAAAAAAAUGUUUUAAAAAAAACGAUUCGAUUAAACAUGUAAAGAUCACACCUUAACUGUUUCAAGGGUGCAUGGAUGCCACCUAGUCCCACCCUUAAUGUGUAUCAUGUCUUUGACUAUAGAUUACCAUUCUCCUUUGCUAUAUUUUUCUGUCUUUUGGUUCCAUUCGUUUUUAUGAAACAUUUGAAGUAAAUAAAGAACUUAACUGUUUGUGAGAGAUGGCAAAGAGAUGUGCUGAGAACAGGAGGAAGAUUGCCGUGUGAAACACGUCAUGUCGGAGGAGGACUGUCUGUGCGAAUGGAGCCCUCUUCUUCUUAAGGCUGUUAUUAUGUGUAAUCUACAGAAAAAAGAACUGGAAUUAUAUUCAAACAAAAAGCUUGAUGGAGAGAACAUGGCUACAUUUGCAGAGAGAGUACAUUGUUCUAUUGGUGUAUUUUCUAGUGUGCAAUCUAUUGUGUGGCCUUACUUUUUUGUCUUUGCUUUGUUCCUCUCUCUCUCUCUUAAGCAAUGGGGUGUGGAUAAUGUUACUUACGGAGUGUAACCAGGGAGUGAUGAGAUGCCAGGGAGAGCAGUUCGGAAAACACAACUCUGUUGUGUUUCUGUUUUGUACUGCUCUCAACUGGGGUUGACAGACAGCUGAGAGCAUUAUGUGAAAUAUCUGUUCUGACCUAAAUUAAAUGAAUAAAUCAGUCA